UUUCCUAUUGGCCGGCGUAGCCGCCGGAGCUGUUACGUAAUCACUCGCUAUUAUUCACGGCCUAUAAAAGCCGGGCAUUCUCUGUUAUGGAGUGAGUGGCAUUUUCUGAUCUUUUGCUUUUGUUAAUAAAUUUGAUCUGGAAAGUGCGGCUCUUUCGUUUCGUGUAUUAGCAGCAAGUAGUUUUGCUGGUCGUAAGCUUCCUAGGCUAGGAAGUAGCCAUUCUUCCCCCCUAGUAGAGCGGCACUGGCAGCUCCCUCCCACUAGGAAGUAGCCAAGCUUCCCCUCGGACAGAGUGAGAGUGUUGCACAGCUUGUGACAAGUGGCGCUCCUUGAAAGAACUUCCACCUAUUGUUUUACCGGUACAACGGCAGUGUUCAUCGGACAUCCAGCGACAUUCUGCCGUCGUGUGAGUACCCUGAUUACCAUCCAAGCCUAUCUGGAUGCACCAGCCAAGCGACCCUGUGGAACAUCAGCAGCCGCUAACUAACCGUCAGAAAGCCGAAGUUGCCAGACGGAGGAACAACCGUGCUGUGUAUCCAUUGCCACCUGAAUAUUUUCACCCACCCGAGGUGGUAAGUCAACCUGAACGUUCUUCCGACUGCUCGGAAUCCUUAAAUUCACUUCCUUCGGAAGUUUUUAAUUUAAUAUCAGAAGACGACUCUGAUACUCUCGCCGACGCCAUGUCGAACGGUAGCGAUAAUAACGUCGAUAAUGUGGUACCAGCUUCUGGCGAUAGCCAGGAUGCUCAAUCAAGGAACGAUCCUAUAUUAAAACUGGUCGAUGAACUGCAAAAGCAGAGACGUGAUAGUAACAGGACUGAAUGUAAAACCGCUGAAAAGCUGGAUCUCCUUAACCAGGCCAACUGGAAAACUAGCGACCGGUUAGAUCAUUUUAUUAGCGGCAAUGUGGAGACUAACCGGAAACUGGACAGAAUUAUCGAUGCGCUCGAGUUACUUGCCACCCGGCGAGACUCCUCGUUGUCAGAAAAUCGCGGCCGACACCGGGAAGAUCGUGGAGGUUUCCAGCGGGAACCAGAGCAAAAUCGAACCCGCUCGCCGGCAGAUCUGCGCACGGCUCGCAAUCCCUUCUGCUCAGCAAGCAGUGAUGACGUAGACGCGCGCGAAACGGUAGUAUACUCGUAUGAUCGAGACAAUGUGUUACGUGGUAAUAUUGGUUCGAAUUUUACUGCCGCACAGCAGAAGAGCCAAUCACGUCAGCCCGCUGUUUCUUUUCGCAUUAAUGCGGACAAUAGCAGGCAGUUCAAGCCAGAAUCGAAUCUGCGCUCUACGCAGUAUGAUGACGUAUAUGACUGCUCGUCGCAGUAUGGCAAACACCCGUUUGAAUUGCCACACGUUGCCCGUAUGGAUCGGAAUAGCAACGCGAUGCAGUCUCAGGCAACCGCCCACGAGCGGAUGUACCAGCGCACGGGCGCAUUACUCGGUCGAACCGAGCAUUCGGGUACUCAUACUCGUAGUAUGCAGUACUGUGCCUCAGUAGGUCAACCGGAUCACUCCGGUCGCGGUAACAAUUCGGCAUUCCUUCCACGCGGAAGCUGUCGUGAUGACUCUGACACAGAUGUGGAUGCUGAUGAAAAUCGCGACUGUAGUCGACGACCGAGGGAGGAUGGACGACGUCAACCGAACGGUGUCCAUGUCCGGGCUGCGGCAACUGCAGGACUUGUACCCAACCAAAUGGUUGAUAAUCUAUACGGAAUACUGCAAACGCAGCCUAAAUGUAUAACAAAAAUCCCUGAAUUUAAGGGCGACAAGAAUGAGCGAGUGGAAAACUUCAUCACUCGCUACGAAGAAGUAGCUUCCAUUUACCAAUGGACUGACGCCCUGAUGGUGGCAGGUCUAGUGUCAGCUCUGAAAAGCAGGGCGGCUGACUUCUAUGACCAUGUGCGCCGUCAGUAUCCAGAUAAACUUUCAUGGGUACAGUGGAAACUGAGGCUUAUGGAGAAGUUCUAUGAGCACGACCGCGAAACUGUGGCAGCACAGACAUUGACUUCGCGGUAUUACGAUCCUAAGAAGGAGUCUAUUAAAGACUAUUAUCAGUCUGUAAUGGACUUGAUUACUGACAGUGGGUCAGCAUUGGCACCGGCGAUGCAGGUACAUUUCCUGAUAAACGGCUUGCGCUGCGUCCCGGACCUGUUCGAUCGUGUUGGUGUAAGCCAGCCGCAAACGCCUGCCAGCUUUCUCAUCCAGGCACGCAAUUGUCAACGUAUACUGGCAAUGCGCAACAGCGAUGCCCAAAACGGGAUCAGCGUAGCCGUGCCUGUAUUCAACCCUGGCCCCCGCCAGUCUGGUGGCAGACGGAAUUCGUUCUCCGAGAGGAGACCUGAUGACAGUGAAACCACUGAGAUUUCUCAGCAUGCGAGCGAAGCGAAUAAGCGGCCGAGCGAAGCGAGCAAAUCUCCGCCCAGGGCGGCUGCACCGCUUAAUGUAACGUGUUUUACUUGCGGCAAGCAAGGCCAUUACAGUCCAGAUUGUCAGUAUUACAGAGCGGAUCCAGCUACUCUUCCCCAGGAGGUCAAAGACUUUCAAGCCCAACGCCGUCCCCGAAGAUCAUCGGAUCGGGAUAGUGGAAGCGGAUCUCGCUCGUCAAGCGCUAACGGUUCAAAAAACACUGGCCGCCCGUAAAUGGAGGUCAUACGGCCGCGGCACCCGAAAUCCCUCCAAAACCACCGGAUAUUUCCCCACCGGAUGUGAACGUUCAAAGCGGAGACACCACUGUACAAGCACAGAGAGGUUUCCAUAAAUUCAUCAGCCAAGGAUGGCCACGCCAAACUGGAAUCAUACGCCUGGACACUGGAAAGGUCAGGAUGCCGGUUGGCCAAAUCACAGACUCCCACAAAUGUAUCUACAGCAAAUCAAGGCUGUAGCGCCUACCCUAGUUAACAGGGUGGCAAUGAAAUCGAUGUAACAGAUGUGAACUCACCGAGAGAAACACCUUUCGUUCCCGAAGACUGGAAAAACUCCGCAAAAUCCGGAAAGAGAGCCCACGAGGACUUUAGCAUCACUGAGAACAGUUCCGCAGCAACUUCAGUCGCAACAGCUUUUUCUCCUGGUUGCUAAAAUGGUAAAUCCGCCAAAAUAAAAUAACUUGCGUGUUCGUGUAGGGACAUCGUCAAAUAAGCCGUCAGUCUCAAAAAUAGUUUUAGGAUUUUAAAAAUAUCGUACUUUGGCUAAUCCAAAAGCAUACUCGCACAAUGCAACAAGUUCCGGACGCUUUUUGAUCUCCAGAAGCAUUUCCGGCAUCUUCUUUUUGAACUUUUCGUUGCUGUCGCACCUAUGACAAACGCAGUGCAACAAACCUAUAGCCGGCAUUUGACCUGUUGACCGUUACCGCAGAUCCAUAUUAAAUGGCUUACUCAAGUUUAGCCAUCACCGCAACCCAGGAAGAUUGCGAAACCGUAUCCUCUUCCGAUUUUAAAUCCAGUUUUUUACUUAGUACG